CCCAUCUGGUGAUCAAAGGCGUGACUGGCCACAAGUAGUGGGUCAUACCAGUUCUACCCAGACCUCACGGCUCAAGUCCACUUGGGACACUCUGACAUGGACUGGAUGCCGUUGUUCAUCUUGAUCAUGGCCCAUCCAGGAUCCUGUGCUCUCUGGGUGUUCCAGCCUCCCGAAAUUCUUACACAAGAAGGAUCUUCUGCCUUCCUGCCCUGUUCCUUCAAUGCUGGCCAAGGGAGACUGGCCAUUGGCUUUGUCAAAUGGUUCCGAGACAAGGUGGCUCCAGGGAAGGAGGUGAGGAAUGGGACCCCAGAGUUCAGGGGCCGCCUGGUCCCCCUUGCCUCUUCCCGCUUCCUUUGUGACCACCAGGCUGAGCUGCACAUCUUGAACAUCCGAGGCCAUGAUGCUGGCAUCUACGUGUGCAGGGUGGAGGUCCUGGGCCUGGGUGUUGGGACAGGGAAUGGGACUCGGCUGGUGGUGGAGAAAGGACAUCCUCAGCCAGGGGUUGGUACAGUCUUUCUCCUUCGGGCAGGACUCUAUGCCUUCAGUUUUCUGUCUGUGGCCGUGGGCAGCACCCUCUACUACCAGGGCAAAUGCCACUGUCACCUGGGAACACACUGUCACUCCCUGGACAGCCUCUGAAGAGUCAUUCCAGACCGUAAUGAUCCCAAACCCUCUUCAAAAGACUCCAAUAAAUCGUGCUCUGCUCCAUCAUGAACUCCUCCUUAUAA